AUGGUGGAGCCUAACGAAGCUUACGUCGAUACCCUGCUAAACAUGGGGUUUGUCGACAGCGCACAGAUCCGCAAAGCGCUAAGUUUGGCGAAGAAUGAUUUGAAUGAUGCAGUGGCUUUUCUUACAGGAGAAGAAACAAGCACAAGUUUUGAUUACGAAGACACGGAAGUGAAAGACACAGAGACGCAACACGGCUCGGAUGACGGAGACAUGAUUCCUCCUUUACUGGAUCCUAGAGAAGGUGAAGAUGGAGACGUUUUUGAGCCUCCAACGGGAGAGCCACCUCCGUCGUACGACGAAGCCAUGAAUCCUGCGGGUCUGUCCCAAAAUGGAGCUAGCCACAGUCGAGAUGAAACCGAAAGUAUGGAGAUACCACUGGAAUUUCCCACUACUAACCUGUAUGAACUGGAGGACAGGGUUUUUGUGGACAACUGGUCAAUUCCUUACAAGAGAGAUGAGUCUUUGGGAAAAUGUUUACAGAGUGCUGCAAGAUUUGCUCAAGAUGGUGAGUGCAACGAAAGUUGCAACCAUUUCUAACCAGUGGUCAGGACCAUGAUGUAUAACUUGAGUCUGGGUCUUUGGAUCUUUUUCCUUUCGUCAGUAUUUAUUUCUCUUGAAUUUUACAAACCAGGCUCAAUUACACACUGAAUUAUACAUAAUUGUGUACGGAAAGCAUCACUUCCUCUUCCCUUUUGAACUGUACUCAAGUUUCGAGUGUAUUUUGAAAAUCAUUUCGAUAUCCUCUCGUUGAAAACAAAACUUAUUAAACCAAUAUUUGUUUCUAUCCUGUCUCUGUAAGACUGGAAAAAUCUUGAGUGCUUCCUUCUUAUCACAUCACAUCCUUUCAGAAAGAGGUCUGGAGGGAUUCCGAUCAUCUGUUUGGAAAGAUUUUCAAAUAUUGUGUUUGAAACUGAAAUCUUGCUCUGAUUUUGCAUGUGGUAUGAGAGGCUAAAAAAUAAAAAGUCCAUCACUAGUAGUGCAAUCUGGAAAAGGAUAUCUAUUGAAAAAUGCUAUAGUGUGCAUUGGCUUUUUUUUCCCCAAAACUUUGGAAAACAUUUGGAUUGUGGCUUACCAGUGGAAACAUCCAUAUCUUAUUUAUCUUCUUAAUUAAAGUUAAUGAGGGCAUUGGUGUUAUCUUGUUAGUGCAUGUGUGUAUUAGAAAUUAAAAGCAGGAUGUGGUAGAUCAUUUUAGUGUUAUCGGUUCCUAUUUUUCAUGUCCUGUCCAUGUUCAUGACCUAUCCAUUCUCAACCUGUAGAGUAUUCUGUAUAUAACCUUGCCACUUCAUGACUUCUUCAUUUCUUCCCUCAUUUUACUUCUGAUGUGUGUCAGUCACUCUAAGGUGUUUCAUAUAAUUAAAAAUCAUUAUGUGGAGCAACAACAAACUUCUUACUUUCUCCAUCUUCUUGGAACAUUGUACAUGUAUGUUGCUUAGUUUCAAAUCUUUGUUUUUUCCCCUUUGAUAACUUAGUAGAGACCUGGAAACAUACAUGUCAGUAGUGAGAAGUACUGUCAACUGAUGUAGCGGCUUUAAUCUUUGUAGAAUGUUUGCUAUUAUAAAUGAACUUGAUUCAGAUACAGUUUGUGAUCAUAGACUCUUAAGUUAGAGCAGGCAUCUUCCCCAUGGUAAAAUCAGCUUUACGGUUAUCAAUAAAGAUUCUGUCUCUUCUUUAGGUCUCGCUGAAGCUGAUGAAAAUUGCAAGAGAUUUAUGGACAGAGCACUACCUGAAUGUUUUAAAAAGGUAUGGUCACAUUCACACAUUUGUACCCAUAUAAUCCCAUUGAAGACUUAAGUUUUUCCAGCUUCUUUUCUCCAAUUGCUAUAAUUGCAGCUCAUCUACAAUGUAUCAGGAUCAUUCGUUUACUUGAUGCAUUCAAUAAAUUGUUCACACAUCAAUCUAUGAGUCAUUGAUGUGGUUAGUUUUUAAUCAGUUCAUUUUUAGAACAUGGCAUGACCUACUUUACAUGUAAGGCUUAAAGUUUGCAUUAUUCAUGUGGUAAACAAUGUAUUUGAUGACUACCACAGUAUAUUUACUUUACUGCAUAGUGACAACUGUAGUUAUUUAAUUGUGUGGCGUGAUCAUUGAGCUGAGAGGGAUCUUGAAAAAGACUGUUGUCUGUGUAUUGACUGAUGUUGUGACAACUUUAAUAUGAAGACAUAUCUGAAUCAAGUGACUCUAAUCAUGACUUCUGUCCAAAUUGGCAGAUGGUCCAAAUGUCACUUACUACAACUGAACAGUCUUUUUCACAACUACAUUCAUAGCUCCAAGCCCAAUUUUUAUUAAAAGUGGCCUUUUGGGACCUCUUUCAAUUGGAAAAUGGUUGCCAUGAAAAAAUUUUUGGUUGCACUCCCCUUCCUCAGAAAUAUUGCAGAAAUAUUGGUAUUAAAACGUCCCAUAAUGUAAAUAACUUCUUGAAUCAUUUGAUAUUUUGUUACCAUACUUCCCAAUGCAAAGUUGAAGGUUUGAGUUGAAUGCUGCACGCAUUACAAAUUGAAAUUUAUCUCAAUGAAAUCAGUUCAACUUGAUCCCUGCUCAUGCAUAUUUGGGAGUUACCAAAUGGUUUGUUUGCAUCUGUUUGUAAGGUAACUUGACCAAGGAUUGAUAAAUUUUUAACAUUUUUCUUUUCCAAGUUUUUUUUUUUUUCAAAUCUGUUGGUUGCCAAUUGGCCACUUUUGCCAUAAUUUCAGUUGCCAAAUAUAUUUUUCAGUCACCAUAAUGACCAAAACAGUUGCAACUUGGAGUGGUAACAUUUACUCUCAACUUAAUAGUUAGCCAGCAAGAUCAACUGUUACUCUUGGGUUUAAACCAUUCACUGUUCUCUCCUUUUCUACAGCUACUUACCACACAAGCAGUCCAUAGAUGGGGUCAAGAAAUUCACGAGGGAAUCUACGACAUGCUCCAUCUACUCUUGAAUUUAGUAGCUUCCAGACUUAAGUACAAGCCAGUCCCAUUUGGUUUACUAGAAUUAUUGACACAGGUACAUGUACACGUCAAACAAUUUGCAAUAGGGGAUGUCACUGAUUUUGUUACAAGUUGUUGGCAUGUGUAAUUUGAUUGCACUCAAUUGUUUUAUGUUUUUAUGAUAAUAACAUUCCUAAAGAAAUUAAACACUCCUGAUUGACUAAGAAUGAACAUGUUUUUUCAUGUAACCUGAGUGCAAGGUUGUAAUGCAAGAGCAAAUUACAAAUAAGCACACAUGCUGUCAAAAUUUCAUCUGUCUUGAUCUUUUGUGAUGCUAUUUCCAUGUAAGUUAUUAAUAAGUAAUAUUAAUAAUGAUUUCUAUUUUAGUUUAAAUAAAAACCUGUGAAUGUUUCAAAGAGUACAAUUUGCAAUUACCCUGCAGACUUGAGCAAUUUUAUCAUCUUUGAAAAAUUAACCUCAGCUUCUUAACACCAAAUUGCACCAAUAAUCAUGUUACAACCUCAACUAAGUGUUUCAAGUUAUUUUAACCGUAGGCACUCCUGAAGUUAUAUUGGUCAUUUUUUUUUAGGCAUUUAAUCCUGAGACAGAGUUCCAGUUCAAAAACAGAACCAAACCAUGGGAAAAGAAGUAUUAUGAAGGAGUUUUUGGAGCAGAUGAUUGUUACGCAGUGUGUCCACCAACCUCAGCCUAUUACACUCAUGCUUCAUACAAGGUCAAAUACAUGUUUUGUUUAUCCAGUAGGGUAAAAUCCAAUUCAGCUAUAGUUUUUUUCAAACAAUAAUCUUGGACAAAUUCUGUUGGAAAAUUUGAAAAAAAAAAGAAUGCUGACUUAAAUCUAUGUUCUCUUUUCUAUGGCAGCUAUUGCUUAUUAUAAAAAAUUAGCAACACUUUCAAAUCCUUACAACCAAUGUUGUUGGUUAAUCAGGGAAUACAAAAUUAAGUUAUUGCUAGUAAAAUACUAUUUGAACAUUUAAUGUUUUUUCUACAAACAUGCUUUUUUAAGUGUAGUAUACAUACUAGUUUGCAAUGUGGAUAAAUACAUCAUGUGGCUUUUUCUUUUUCUACCAUAGGAGCCUUAUGGGUGGCUGGUAAACUUGAUAAACAAGGUAACAUUAAGACUGUAUCUCUUAAAAGUUUAUGACUUCUGACUUAAGCACUUCUUACAUAUUCCAGGAUGUCUAUAGGCACACCUGCUAUAUUUCAUGGAAAUUGCACACUUUAUUCAGGUGUAAUUUUGUACAUAAUUAUAAAAAAAAGAAAUUAGUGAGUAAAUAAUAUUAUAGAGGCAGUACUUUUGAUCUAAUGUUUGUCAUUAACUUCAAUUUAUUACAGUUAGGUGUAACAUAUGAGUACUCAUGAGUUUUCAUUUUUCAUUAUGGAUGUCAUUUGUAAGCUUGUCUAUCACUUGCUUUUAAUUUUUGUGUAUAGAUUCUGGACAGUUAAUGUGUAUAGUAUUAGAUGUACGGUAGUCUGACUUAUUAAUGUAAAUUCAUGUAUCCAGACUAUUGUUUUUACUUUUUUCACUCUCAAGGAGCCUUGAAUUACUGACACCUUAAGAUUCUAACCCUUUAGCUCCCUGAUCAAAUUUGUAAUUCUCCUUACUGUCAACCAUACAAUUCUUAACAAGUUAUCCUCAAAUUUUUUUUCUUUAUUAUCACCACUUAUCUGGUUGACAUUGUAUUGAUAUUGUGAGGAGAAAUUCUGUCUUGGUCACUCAUGGGAGUAAAAGUGUUAACCACACAUAAGAGGGUGGAUGGCCAUACAUCAUAGUCCUUGCUCAUAUUAUAAUCAAUUGUGUUGAGUAAUAACACAAGUGUGUUGAGUGAAAAAUAGGACAGGGUAACAAACUAGGAAGACUGGCAAGCAUGAACUUUCUUUUUCAGUUUGCAGAGCUCGGUGGUUUUGAGGAAAUCAAAAAGCAGAUUGAGACAGCUGAGAAAGUGGAUGCUCCAGUAAGAGCAUUACUCAUUAUUUUAAUAACAUACACUUGUGCAGUAAAAAAGACAGGAAUUCAAAGAUUUUUUAAUCAAGAAUUUUGAAGAUUCUGGAGUUUUUCAUCUUGUGGGUGAGUGGUUAUGGUUAUGGUUAUUAUAGCCUUUUACAAACUCAUUUCAUUUCUGAUUUUAGAUGCUGGCUGCACUUUUGAAACCAUUGGGGAUAUGCGCCAGUUAUUUGAAUGCCAAAGUGUUACCGGUAAGAUUUCACAAAAUAAUACAGUGAGUCAGCUUGAUUGUAAAGAUGCUUUCCUUACACCCCCUUUGGGCAUGAGUUACUUCAACUGUAGCUAGGAAUUUCAUUUCUUUGAAUAUUUUUCUCUGUUACUUUUCAUCGUAGAAAGUCUUCAGUGAUGUUUUUGAAAAGACCUUGGCUUACAUUCAAGAACUUACUAAUGAAGAUAUGAAACAAAAGGUAAACUUAAAAAUUACCUGAAGCUGAGAAGUUGUUGCUUUUUUUAACCCUGUAUAAUUGUUCUUUAUACUAUUCUCCCCUAUAUUUCAUAAGGUGCUGAAAGGGAGAAUUUGAUUUAAAAGCAAGAGCCUCUUUAGUUGGUGAUCAUUUCCUUUAUUCUCAUUACUUUAACAUGUGAUUUGAGAGUGAUACUGUAAGGAGAAGUUAGAUUUCACUCUCAGGGGUCAAAUUGUUAAUUUUUCUGCUUUUGUUUUUACUGUUCCCUGUUGGGCUUAAAGUAAUUUCUGAAAUUCAAGGCCAGCUUAUUCAGUAGAGGACCCCAUUAAUGGACUGUUCUCCUUCAGAAAGUUAUUGUCAUGUAUGAGGCUGGAGUUUUAUCCAUUUCUUUGUGUUUGCAAUCUUUUUACAAACACAUUAUUUUGCUGUAAUCAAUUUUAGUUCCUUGAUCUCUUAACACUCUGACUUCUUAACAGACGGUUGGUGAUGUUUUUGACCUGUUAACAACUCUGAAACUCCUGUGUAUGAGACUUUGGCAGAGCAUGGUGGCUGGAGUGGAUGACUUGAGGUUGGAAGUUGCUUUGAAAAUGCUCAAAAGUCCUCAUUUUAAUGCAAAGAUGAACUCCUUGAAAGAGGUUUGUACAUAGAAUCAUGGUAAUACAGAGUCAUUUUUAUUGGUACUUAAAAUUAAUUCGUCAACUCCAUCAGAUAUAUAGCUCAUCUACAUGUACAGUGAUGUAAUUCAAAUGAAUUUUUUCUUCUAGGUUUGCAAACUGAUUGAAGAUUCAGAGAAGAACAAGAACACCAAAGUGAACUUGUCUCAAGAUGCCAUCACAGAGUGGCUACUGCAAAAUAAAGUGCUUUCAAUUGCAUUUGAAAGUAUGUUGUUUUUGUUUGUUACUCCCCAAUCCAAAACAAUGAAUGAAAAUGAAAAUUGACAGACUACAGAUUCACCAAAUGAGCUCCCAUCCAUUACCUGUAUAUCAAGCACAUUUGGCAAUCUUCUGAAGUUUCAUGUAACAAGGAAUCAUUUUAGUUGAGAAACUGCUCUAGCAAUUUGUCAAGAAAUUUUAGCCAGUUGUUAUGUAUGGCAUAAGACCUAUGCCAUGCUUCAGUAAGUGUAGGUAACAAGAGUUUAAGACCAUCACUCAUUUCCUUUGACAUUAUGCGAUGCAAUGACUGGAAAUUCUCAUCACAUAGUUUUUGAACAGGUUCAUUUUUGUAAUGUAGAGAGAUUCUUUAUAUAAUAAUAAACUAUUAGUACUUUUGUUACAGGCUGGCGUUUCAAUAAGAUCAAGCAACUGGGAAAAUUUGCCGUCCAUGUCGAGAAAAAACCAUGGCCUAUUUUCUCUGAAAUUAACAACAUUAGAGUAAAGAUCAAACUUCUACUAGCUACUUACUUUGCAGCUUUUGCUGUCUUCUUCAAAAUGUCUUGAAUCUCCUGUUUUUAGUUGCUAUGUUGUAAAGAAAAAAAACAUUAGCUGCCUCAUAUAGCUGUUUUAAGACCAAAUUUUUAUGCAUUAUUAUUUUCUUACAACUUUUUCUGUUUGAUGACAAACAGGUAAUCUUCAUCAGUCUCAGUAUUGUGACCGAAUUAAAGUCCUUGUGGAAUUUCUCGGAACAAAACUUUCGCUGGAUGAAUUGACAACCAUAUGGAAAAUGCAGGUAAUGUAUAUUGCUUACCUAUGUUACAUUUCUUAUUUGCUGACUUAGUUACUCAGUCCAAACCAUCGGUUAAAACUUUAAUACUGGUGGUAAAUUUCCUCCAGAUCUGUGUCAUGUUUCAGAUUGGUGGCGUAGGUGACUGCAGGUAUACCACAGAUGGGAAUUCUAGGAAUCAAUAGAUGUAAUUACUGUCAAUAGAAAAUAUUCUUUAAUUGGCAGAGGAAACAUUUUAAAUGAAAGAAUGAUGUAAAGUUACUAUUUACUUAUCACUUCAAAACAGUUACUGUUGUGGAUAUACCUUGCCAGAAUAGUUUUUGAUAGAUAUCAACUAUUUACUUGAUAUCAUUCCGAAAUUAUCAGUCAGACUUAAUCCUUUAACUCAUGUGAGUAACAAAGAUAAAAUUCCUUUUUACAAUAUCAAGCAGGCAAGUGACGAGAAGAAAGAAAAAUAUCAGUCAGGGGAUUAUGUCGAUCAGCCGAUCCAAUACCAAAUUCACCAAACUAGCAUCAUAAUAAUUGUAUAGUAGUCAUACAGAAGAAUUACUAAAUGAGGUCAUAAGUUGUGAGGAGUGUAGGGGUUAACAAUCACAAGAGAAACUACUAGUCACUCACUGAAUAAAGAGUUUUUGAGAAUGCCUCAUCAAUAAACAGAUUAUGAAACCUUUAUCUUACAUAUAGAAUUUAAGCAAAGUGAUUUUUAAUGAUAAUAAUUAAAUAUUAAAUGAAAUUUUCAAAGUGUUAGUUGUUUGUUUCUCCACUAAGGUUGGAAAGCACCCAACAGAAGUGGACAACAUUCAUAAUAUCUUAGCCACAGCAGCUGUACAAUUUAACUCCAACCAACUUGAACACCUAUUUGUGCUGAUCCAGCAGGUACAUUUUGCAUGAUUGUUGUAAUCAGUAAGAUUUAGGAUUACUUUCUUGCAGUUAAGCUUGCAAAUCAGUAAUUUUCAAGACUAUGGCUAUGAAAAUUUAUAGUAUUGUUUGAAAGAAGUACAGUGUAUUUGCUUGUGCCUCUUUUUACUCUAGAAAUGAAAUUAGUGGCUGGUAUAGCUUUAGUAUCAGAUCAAUGUAUGAUUUCAAUUUCCCUAUCUGGCUACCGAUACCUUUAGGACAAUUGCAAUGUCUGUAAAAUAUCAAUUAUUGCAUUUCUUUUCCUAGAGUUGGGGAUCAGAGAAUGAUCGCAUGAAGGAGAAGCUGCUUGUGCUCAUUGGACGAAUUGGAAAAGAAGCGAGAGUGGGAAAGAUUACUACUAAGGUACUUGUCAUUAUUAGCAUGACAUACUAACAUGGCAGGAUUGUUUAGACUAAGAUUGUAUAAUUAUACAUUAACUGACUUUUCGGAGAGAAAGAUUAUGGUUAAAAGUUCCUUACAAGUGCUUAAAGUGUAUGUCAACCUUUGUGUUUUUAUUUCAGGUUCUUGAUCUUCUAUGGAGCUUAUCUCACCUGCCAUCACUAACAACUGAUAUGGUUGAUCAGGCCCUCAAAUCUCACAUUGAAAUCCUCAGUGAUUCCUAUGCUGUGAAGGAACAGAUCAAAAAGAACUAUGCUGUCAAGUGUGUGGAGGACAUUAGGAAAGGUGUUUUGAUUGUACCAGCUAUCCGUCAACUUUUGAAAAUCACAAGAGGAAUGGUGAAACAACAGUUUAACAAGCAUGACAAGGUUGGUACUUGGCUUAAAAAGAACAUCUUGAACACCUUUUUUGGGGGGGAGGGGAGAGGUCAACAAGAACUUGAAAUCAUAGAGUUCAUUUUUUUGGAUUGCUUUGUUCAGCUUUAUGUCUACAAUUACAACCAAGUUUGGAGUGACUGAGCUCUAUUCCAAGUACUCAAACCUAAGAAUUAUUUUGUGAGGUGGAAAAACAUUGUGCAUUGGUUAGAACAUUCUUCUUUUAAUCAAUGUUAAUCAUCAGCAAUAAUUCAAAAUUCAGGUAUUAGGCAGAAAACUGGAUCAAUAAUCCUUUGUUUAAUAUUUUAAAAACUGUGCUUUUGUAAGGCAGUUGUUAACUAAUUGUCAUUCUGGGACCUCUGCAACACUGCAUCUGUUUUUAAAUCCUUAAUAUGUAUUACAUAGUUUACAAUUAAAGGAUAAGUAAGAAAACAGCACAUUAUAUUAGAACUUGUUAAUUAAUAGGAACCACUCCAUUCUUUGCUUAUUAGGUAAGUUUCAUUUUUGUGAUAUUAUUGCUCAGUUUAAGCCACAAUCCCACAAAUAUAUUGUAUCUUCAGGGCAUCCUUCCAGAGCUUCAUAAAAAUCAUGACAUAAUCAAGCUGACUGUCACCAGCCUUGUGAACUGUCACCAGCUUGCUGUCACUGCUGCUUCCCCUGCUGGACUGGAGGAAGACACCCUAGUUGAUGGUCGCUACACACACAAGGAGUUUGUCAACAUCCACUUGCGUUUUCUUGCAUUUGUUUUGCAAGAGGGGGUACUCUACCUCCACUGGCACAGAGCUAGAGAUAUCUGGGAUUGUCUAGUAGCUAAUGUUGACGCUUGUGAAUUUGAUCGUGAGGUUGGUUGAUCUACAAGCUGCUUUGGUUAACUGAUCAUCAUGAUGAAAGUAGUAUUAAAAAUAUUAAUGAUGACAAUAAUGGUAAAGACAAUUGAAUUUUAUAUCGCACUUUAUGUAUCCAUCCAUUAUGUGUCUAUAGUACAAUUUACGUGAUAGACUGCACUUCAUUUAUUUUUGAACUCAACAACCUAGUGGAAUUUUAAAAGGAAAUGAAAAAAGUUUCUUCAAUCACAAGCUUAAGGCAAAUAAUAUAUAAACAUUUUGAUCUAAAGCUUAUCUUAACAAUGUGGAGGAUGCAAAUUAUUUAGAUGAGCCUGAGAUUUGAUCUCUCAACUUGGAUGCAUAUAAUUUAUUUUUCUCUGUUCCGCUCCUAUGAGAAAUAAAUGUGAUAGAUGUUUUUUUCAAUUAUGUUUCAUUUCAACCUUUGCAGACAUGCUUUGAUUGGUUCUUUAAAGGACAGUGUGAUUUAGAGCCAGACACUCAAUCUCAGAUGUUUACUGGAAAGGUUCUUAAACUGGAUCCCAGUAAGCUGACAAUGAAAGGUACACUGAGAUAGCAAGUAAUACAAACUGAUAACUUUUGGUGAUUUGCCUUUCUCAACUGGGUUAAUAAAUGUAAUUAUGACAUCAUGAAGAGUUUCUAAAGCUGACAUUUUGAGGGUUAGCCCUUGAUGUUUUGCUCUGACAAAUGGCUAACACUUGAAACAUCAGUUUUAGAAACUCUUUAUGAAGGCCAAUUUACAUUAUCAACUCUGCUGAUAUAUCCAAAUGAUCUUUAAACCCCUAAUUGAUAUUUUUCUUUAUUCCCAUCACUUGUCUGCUUGAUAUUGUAUGAAUGGUGUUAGGAGAAAUUCUGUCUUGAUCACUCAUGGGAGUUAAAGGGUUAAGACAAAUAAUGAUCCCCUUGUUGACCAUCCUCUUAAUUCUCAUUACCUACCUGCUCAAAUGUGUGUUGAUGUUGAUGUUGUAAGGAGAAAUUAAUUUCUUGGGUUUUAUGGGUCAAAUUUAAACAAACAUUUCAAUGGGUUUGCAACUUUAUAAUCUGUUGUAUUUCUUUUGCAGGCUUUGCUUGCUUCAAAGCAUUUCUGGAGAAUGUUAACCACAAUGACAAUCGCAUCAAGAAGACUGGUAACAUCUUUACAGUGGAGAAAAUGGACCUUGUAGGUUUUGACUACUUGUGGAGGAUUGUUCUUGAGGUUCCAUCGGAGGAAAUAGCCAUGUUAGCUGUUAAACAACUUAUGGAACUUAGUUACACUUGGCUGUCUUCGAAGCUGAAGAAGGUGAGCGUGGAAAGUAAAUACUGUAAUACAAAUGGUUAAUAGUUUCUUUAAUUUGUGAUAUUGAGUUGCAUCAUGUGUCGUUUUUGUUUGACUUGAUAUGCGAUCAGGUUCUACCUGUACGUAAAAAUAAAGAUGUUUGCGUCUCAUACCUGUUGCGUGAUGUACGUGUGCUUGCAUCUUUCAAGGAAUGUUUCAUGUCUUUGUGAAAUGUAAUUGUCCAACUGUUCACGAACGUAUGGAAACAAAUUUAAAAACAAGCACUUGUCUGAGUGUCUUUAAAGUUAAGAGAAACAUCGUAAUAAGCACACACGUAUUAGAAAAUAAGUCACUCUGCUGCAUAGUGAUUUGUUAUCAACAAUGUAUUAAAUAAAUGACACAAGUGUAUAUUUGUAUGUGUUAUUGACACAGCAUCCUGGUGAACAGUGUUACACUCUGUUAUCAGUGUCAUUUUUAGAGUGCAAGUUUGGUACAUGCGUAUCUGUUUUUUUGCCUUUAAGGAUCCUGUAAAUAUUCACAAGAAAUUUAUUUUGGAGUGUUACAAACGCCUUGAGGUGGGUUGGUUUUGUUCGACUGCAGUUUUCUUGGUCAAAAUCUUGACCACUGCAGCGUACUUAGAAUUACUGCUUUUUUGGUCUCUAUUCAUUUGGCUUUCUUUGGUCGUGUUGAGUAGUUUGUGGUGGUUCGUUGUUGAUAAUUUGUAAGUGAUAGCUUGUGUGUCCUAAUUUUUAGUCAAAAACUGUUGGCAGAGUCUUAAAGAGGCAUAAUUGUGGUGACCUCCACGAAAACAGACAGUUGUCUAUCAUGACCACUUGGCAAAUUGUUUCUGUGAGGAUGUUUGACUACACCUCUGUUCAAAAUGGUGCAGUCUCUCUUUGGUUAAUACUAUCACACUGACUUGUUCCUAAAUUGUAGGCAAUGAUGUCUGGCCUGGGACAAAGUUCAUUCAACCAAGCAGCAGGUGUUGCAGUUGCUGCUGGUGCUUCUGCGCCUGUUUCACCUGAUGUACCCAUCAGUCCAGGAUCAGCCAGGUAUGGGCAGGAAAUUGGCUUUAAGGCCUGUUAGGCUUAUAGGUCACCGUGCUCGUUCACGAGCUAAAGCCCAUCGUACGUCUUUACCUCUUCCAUUGGUUAAAAAACAUCAUCGUGUUCUCCGAACGCGUGCGCUUAUUCGCCUGAUUACGUGAUUUUAAUGCGCAGUACAGGAUGUGUAAUGCAAUGCGAAAGAAUCGCCUUAACUGUAUUCCAUUUAAUCAAGGUUUCAGUGUUAUCUUCUGCUUGCUUAACCGUUGACUUUGAUAGAGAGAACUAAUUUCAGCGCUUUAAAAGGUAUAACCUUACUUGAAUCAUUAGUGGCCUGACAGUCCUUGCCUCUAAAACUGGAGGCCUGUGGCCUUAAUAAAAAUUAACAAACCAAACCAACAAACAAACAAACAAACAAACAAGCAAAACAGACUAAGUUGCAGAGUCAUGUACAGUAGUGCUACAUGUACGUUUCCACGUCGAUUGUUGUACAUUUGAUUGUUGUGUUUGUGUUUGUGUUUACAGGGCUAACUACAUGUUAAGUGUUGAGAGGCUUUUAGUGCUAGUGGAACAGUACAUCAUUACUGUGGAGGUUUGUUGUCCUAUAGAUGUUAUCCUAACGUUUGAAAUUGUAUCAUCUCACCCUUUCACUCUCAAGAUCUCAUCAGCAAUUUGCCUUACUGUGUGCCAUAUAAUUUUAUGAUGUUAGUCUUAAGAAUUUAUAUUGGAUUAUUUAAUAUUCCCCUUAUCGACAUUUUUCUUUCUUCUCAUCACUUUUCUGCUUGAUAUUGUACUGACAUCAUAUGGAGAAAUUCUGUCUUUGUCUCUUAUGGUAGUUGAACGUUUAAGUUUCCUAAGUUUUACCUCAAAGCAUCCCCAUAACUCUCCUUAUCUCGUGCUUAAUUGCAUUGUAGUUAAAAUGGUUUUUGCAGGAAGAUUGAUUUAAAGGAAACCUAUACUUAGUUCUAAAUCUCUAAAUAAAUCUGAAACCGGUUCUUGAUAAUCAAAAAAUUCAAGGGAUCUUUCGGCCAUGAUUAUUAUAUUUGACAAUAAGAGUAGUUAUGAAGCUCAGAAGGACCUGCUGAAUUAUGAACUACGGAAAUUAUAAAUUUGGGUGACGCGAAAUCAACAUUCCUGGCAUGAUAAACUUCGACUUUCUUUUAAGAGGGAUGGGUUACUAUAAAAAGGAACUCCCCCCCAAAAGAAACCAAAAACACGUGAAAUAAAAAAUAUACAACAAAAAAGGAAACGAACAAACAGAAGAAAGAACAAAACCCUGAAAUAAAAAUUAAACAAGAAAUGAGCCGACAAACAAAAAGCAAAAUGUAAAACGAACAUGAGAUGUUAGAGCCAUACAAUUUUAACCUGUUGUGAUGUUUAUAGUGGUUACCAAUGGUUAUUUUCAUUCAUUUUUCAUAAGGAUCUCCAUGCUGGUCCUCGCACUUUAUUACCUCAUGGAGCGUCAUUUCAUGGAUAUCCUAUCACCAUCAAUGUGUCUUCUGAUUUACCCAGACAAGAGAUCACUCUUCAGGUUCUUAUCUAUUUGUUGUCGUUCUUAGCUUUCUAUGGGUGUGGCCCGUAGGAAAGUUUCAUUGAUGGAUACUGGUAAGACUUUUGGGAAAGGGUUAUCACAACAAUUAAACAUCAUUGUGAAGGAUUAUUGACAAGUUUUUUAAUUUGAAUCAUUAUUGUACAGCAUUUUAUCAUAGUAGGGCACUGGAGCGCGCAAUAUAUGCUACAGUGUUAGACUGCAGAACAGAGCAAAAAUGCCCACGGAAAGUGGUGCAACGAAAUGGCCUCAGCAAACAUUCCAAACUUGGUUUUUUUUUUGUAUCACAAGGUUCACUUUUACGCGCAUUUGUAGGCCACAAUAACACUUACUUGGUUUCGUUUUGUUGUUUCUGUUUUCCCCCACGCCUUAUGCGAUCGAUGCCAUGCUCAGAUGAGGGCCUAGGAUGGAUUUCGAAAACUAGAAAGAAAAUAAUAGCAGAAGAACAACUCCUUCAUUCGAUGGUUAAAAAUGGAAUACGAUCAGUCAUUAUGCUCAUUGCUCUCAAUUUUCCUUGCCCCUCCUGGGUUCGGAUAAGUACUACGCAACUCGCAAAAUAUCCACACGUAUCAUAUGUUGAGGAGUAUAUAUUGAAUUUAUUUCCUUGUUUGUUAUUUGAACAGAAAACCAGGACGGCAAACAGUAAAAGUUUGUUUCUGGAAAAUUUUUAAAAGAAUUGCCAAUCGCCCAAUGAUCAAACUACUGAAAAGAUUCCUUUCUACAUACUACGUUUUAUUUAUCUUAAUGUAUAUUUUUUUUAUCUGUUUUUAGUCCCAUUCCAACGAAAGUUUAAAGUCCCUUCGUCACAGGAUAGCCAACCGCCUGAACACCAGUCAUGAGCAAAUUCAGAUAUCGACUUCAGAAAAGUUGGUAGGUGCCUUUUCAAUCCAUUUCCUGGAACUCAAGUGUUUUUCUUAAUUGUCCUUAAUUGCUCUUUAGUUAUUUUGCGAGAAUAACGAGGAUGGAUUGCAAGUGUUGUUUAGGAUCUUGAUGUAUUCAGGGAGAGCCGUUUUAGCAGUUAGUCUGAUAUUUUUGUUGUAGCGAGCGGUGUGUUUUUCUCUAUUUAGGAUUGAUUUUUCUGCGUUGUUUUGAUGGUAUUGUAACAGUUAGAUGUUUUUGAGGUCCAAAUUACUUAUAUAGCUAUGUCUCAUAAAACAAAAUAAACGUCUGUACGGCUCUUUUAUGAGUAUGCGAUCGGAUUGUUGUGAACAAACCUGUAGCGACCGCGUUUUCGGCUAGAAAGGGGUAUAUGCAAGGAAACUGUAGUCGAGCAAACCACACAAUCCAAUCCCUAAGGUCCGUGUAUGCUAGAGGAAGGUACAAGAUCGGUGUUAAAAUUGUACUAGAGAUUCGAAAAUAACUCUUGCCUCAACCAAGAACCGUAUGGAACCGUUAGACUGAAAGGUUAGUCAGAGUUCCGUGCGAAAACUCUUGCCUCGAACGGAGCUAUGCGCUUGAUUGCGUUCUGAAACGUUCUGCUCCACGCGGAGCUCGAAUGGUCCCGUAUCUUAUCGUUAGCAUCAUGUGACGCAUAACGCAAACGAAACGGUAGGGAUGGCGUUACAAACCUUAUCAUUUAAUGUGUAUAGUAAACAUGAAUAAGUCUCUGCGUGACUUGCUCACAGAAGAAGAAUUAUCAGUCAUGUGUUAUUUUACAAUAGCCUGGUAACUGAUGAGCACUACGAACUGUCUUAAUUGGAUUUCAGCUUUUGCCAUCUAAGGAUCAGAAGCUUUUGUAUCAACUGGAGUUUGAAGAUGAACAACUGCUAUUUGCCAAAGUUUCUGUGUCAGGUGUCACCACUGUACCAACCAAGGAAGAAGCUGAGGUCAGUUUAUGGCUCUAUUGGUGCUAUGGAGUCUGAAGGUUGUAUUUUGUUGCGCAUGGGAUGAAUUGAAACAAAAUUGUCGAUUGUCUGCCACUAAGGUUUCAUUUUUCUGGAUUGGCCCUACUGAUUUUAUUCCUAAUACCCCUACUCCCUGCUGACAAUGUCGUACUUUAUUUUUGGUAAUGACUCAGCAAUAGGAGAUAAGGAAUAUUGCAGCAAAGUGUGGUUUAAACCUCUUGUCUCAGUAUUUCCUUUGAAACGACCACGAGAAUACUCAACAUUCGCUCUAUCGAAGGGCUAACGCUUGAAACGUCAGUGUCAGAAACUCUUAAAGGUGGUCAAUUUACUUAAGAAACUCGGUUGAUAAAACCAAAUCAUCUUGGAUAGAUGUAAAGCCUUAAGCUUUAAUUAUUUUCAAAAUCGAAGCUGGAAAAGGUCUCCCAGCAUUCUUUGUGUCAGCACUGUCUUGCUGAUUUUGAUUUUGAAAUAGUUUUUUGAAUUUGGAUCUUAUGUCUUCUUUUUCAGAGUCAAGAGGCCAUGCGGAUCGAUGAGGUACGUUUAUGAUCGUUUCGUUUUGUGAAAGUGCUAUAGCUAUAAUUGGAAGCUCUUAACAACAAUAAUACAUCACAUUUACUUGAAGGUGACAGAAAAAUGAAAUUUGGUUCUUAGGACACCUUAUGAACAUGAUUCUAUGAUCUGAUUUGUUUUGUGUUUAGUCCAGUGCAAGUGGAUCAAAUCGGCAAACCUAUGCCUUGGAGCAGGUGAGUUUGACAAUAAGAGUACACCUGAAUACAUGUUUAAAUGAACUAAACAUUUUAGUGUAGACCCUCUGCCUAUGGCCACUUUUUGACAUGCAGCGGUAGACGUGUAGAAGGGUUUUUUUUUUAAAUAAGUUUGUCCAUAAGUGGCUGCCGAUGGUGUAAUAGGUAAGUGUGCCUUGAGAGGGGCUUGUAAGGCAAAAUCCAAACACAAGAGCCUGCUCACAGGCUCAACAGACAGCGGCAACAGUGCUUUUAGGUGGCACUCGUACCGACGUUUAUCGAAAACGCCGCGUGUCGGUUGAUACUAUAGAUAUAUGACUUUAGAAAUGUGACUUUGCCUUCAGGAGAGGAUGAUGCCAGGUGUUAUCAUGGCCACUGAAUGUAAAGCUUUUGACAAGUUGUAUCAACUGGCCGAGCUUGAAGAACCGAGGUUGGUUGGCAUAUUGUGUAAUAUUGAUUUAACGAGGUCUGUUGACGAAAAUAUUACAGUUAUUAAUAGUCAGUGAAGUACAUACAUGCUUUAUCACUAAGGUAAACUCUUGCCUCAAAAUAAGUGCAGUACUUAACUGCCACAAAAAUGGCAGAAACGCACAUGUUUGAAAGAUCUUAGCAGUUGCUAAAUUUAAUUAUUUUUCUUGUCGCAGCAUUACUGUGCGAGUACAGAGGUUACUGAUGUUGUUGCCAACAGAUCCUGAUGUACAGGAAGCUUUGGACUCCAUAGGAAAACAGGUAGUGAAUUCAUUGCAAACUCGAUUUAAUUUGAAAGCGAUCAUCGCAGUAGCGAACUCUGCUUGAGCAGUACUGAAAAUAGGGCCUGAAAAAAAUUCAGCCCUGGACGGGAUUUUAACCCAUGACCUCUGCAAUACCGGUGCAGCACUCAACCAACUGAGCUAACAAGCUAACUGGGAGCUGGUGAUGGGUUCAAAUCCCGUACUGGCCUGAUUAAAUACCAGAGGUUAUUCAAAUCGACGAUUUCAACCAAUUCUUUUUAAUUCAAUCAUGCCAUCGAAUUUAAUUUUUGUAUAGAGAUGUUGCGGUCUGUCAUUGUAUGAUCACAAACUAGAAAUUCACUUGAUAUCGAUUGUCUGGGGAAACAUAUUUUGUUAUGUAGAUCAUUAGAAACAGUUCGUCUGAAUUAAUUAUUCGCAUUCAGAAGGAUUGUGAGGAGAGGUCAGUUCCCCUUCGGGUUGUUUAACAUUUACUUGUACAGCUAACAGGGUGUGAUCUUUUGUUUGUUAUAUACACCAUACAACUACGUAUUAAAACUCUUUGAUUUACAGUAUAACAUCAGCUGCUCUCCUGGAGGUACAGAUGACAGAAUGUUGUCGAUGACAAAUUUGCAAAACAUGUUCAAGUGUGUGAUGCCCGGCAUGUCUCCAUUCAGAAUACUCUAUAACCUUGAGGUACUUGAUUAUGUAUUGCUACAGUAUUGAAAAAGAAAAUGAGUCUUCAAUGGUUAUCAACUCACAUGAGGUCACAGUGUUUAAAAAAACAAACUGACAGGGCUGGAAAGCAAAUUGGAACUCACGGCAGUAUCUUAGUGUUCUCUUUGACAAAUUUUAGGUCCUAAGUAGCAAGUUGAUGCCGACACAAAACAGAGAUGGAGGUGCCAAUGCAAGGAUGUUCAAAGAGAACUUUUUAGCAGCCGGGGGACUAAGGUAUUGUUUUAUUCCUGAAACUUGACUGUUUUGUGGUGGCUUUAUCAUAGAUGAGAUAUCUCCUAAACAGCCAGGUUGUUGAAAAGACUGAAAAGUCACCUUAGAAGCGAACACGAUGACUAUUAAUUGCGUAGUGGGAAGACGAGAGAAUUAUUUUCCAAGCAUAUUUACAUUGUACUGAGGACUUACAUAAAAGUUCAUUCAUAUUCAAUUUAGUAUGUGCUAAAUUUCUUCCUAUCCGAUAAAGUAUAAUGAGUAGCGAGACUGAAGAAAGUAAAAAACGUUGUGUUCGAGUGCCUUCCAAAGGAUAUUAGUUUUUAAAUUUUUUUUAUUUUUGGUGGUUUUGUCCGACCACAAAUGCUAGGGUACAAUUCCUCCAACUGAGGCGUUGCACAUAGUUAUGUUGGCUUAAGUACACAAAGAAACUGUUCAUGAGGUAAAACAUGUGCAGUAGACUUCAUUGUCUGAAUAAGACCAGCACUGUGUAGUCUAAACGUCAUGAUCCAUAUCAGCGUAUACUAGCUGAUAAACCCUUUGACCCUAAGAAUGACCAGCAUCUAAUUUCUCCUUACAAAAUCACCCCUGAAUCAAACAUUAAGGUCACUAGAAUAAUGGAAACGAUCACCAACUUAGGAAAUUCUCGAUUGUUAAAAAUAAAAAAAACUCUCUGUCUGCAUAGAAAACAGAAUGGAGAAUAUGUCUAUUGAUGUUUGUGGUGUGGAAAGGGUUCAUGGAUGAGUUACUUCGAACGUAAUUGUGGUUUUUUCUUCUUUUAUUUGUCGACUUUACGAAACAGUGUUGUGGUGAAUAUCCUCCAGAAGGAUAUGUUUCCUCAAGAUGUUGAUACUGAGAUUCGCAGAGGUUGCUACGCAAUUUGUCUACAAUUAGCAAGGUUUGUAAUAAAAUUACCUUUUUGGUCACUUUGUCGUAUUUUUGUCUUUGUUUUUACUUUUUGUCUGCGUUGUUGUUAAUGGUUACAUGUGGUUGUUAGUCUUUCCGGCAUUAUGUUUUAAGGGAACCCCAAGUCUUAAAGCAAAUAGUGCCGAAAAGGCUGUAAAUGUGUCAAACACAAGAUAUUUGGCUCUUAAAUUAUUUCUCUAACCGUGUUAAUUUUUUUUCGGCCUUCAAAAUCGGCCAAUCAGUUUUGGUGUGAGGACGUGUAAUGGUUGUUCCGUUGUUUCGUAUUUGGGGUUUUUCCCAGCAAAACGGCUCAUUGCGUAGCUUUUGAGUGCAGUAAUCAGUCAGAAACCAAGCAGGAUACCAAGCUUCCUCUUUUCUAGCUUCCGAAAGACAACAGUUUACGACGUGCAUGGAGUCUUGCUGUAGGAAGGACAUAUCUUCCAAAAGAUUCGCGUCUGUGUUCGGAACAUUUCGAGGACCAUUGCUUCCAUGAAUCAAAUCUAAUGGAAGUACGGAUAGCUUUUUUAACAGGAGAAUGACUGGACAGAGACCCCGCUACCAUUACACGUCAUUUACCUUGAGUGCCUUGCGCACCUAACAAGAUGGCGGGAAGUUAAAUGGCCGGUUUUUAGGGCCGAAAAAAAUUUACAAGGUCAGAGAAAUAAUUCUAAGUACCAAAAAUCUCGUGUUUGAUACAUUUAAAGCUUUUUUUUUUAGCAAUAUUUGCUUUAAGAGUGGAGGUUCCUUUCAAAGAAAUUGUUUUGGUAGUUAAUUGGUUAUAUUUUCAUCAUUCUCUUGAAUCUAACAUCCUGGGGAUGUAAUGUUUUUUACAGUCCUUAUUGUGAAAUUGCAUUCUAAUUGUUUUGUCUUGAAGGUUUUUGCUAUGUGGACAAUCCUCAGAAAACUCUUUUACAGCACCACCCUCUCCACCACACAGGGAGCAUGCAACUAUUGCAUCCUCACCAAUUGCCAUGGCAACAGGCACCAUGGAAACAGAUUUAAAUGAUAGUCUAAACAAUUCGGCAGUGGAAGCAAAAAGAGCACGCUCUAGUAGCGUGAUCGAUGAUGUACAUCCUUCUGUUAGAGUUGCUAUUGAGGUAUGUUAAAGGGCCAGACGUAAAAGCUAGUAUUGCAGUGCAGGAAGGGAAUUUUAACGGUUACCCUAGGCCACAUCUUACUUUUAGUUCUUUUCUUUAUUGUAUUAUUUAUUUGUAGAGUACUAAAAAAAUUACAGAAAUAACGUUACUAAGCAUAACUGCCAAGGGUACGAUGACUUAUAUCGUGAAUAGUAGUAGCAUAACUUAGACUUCUAACAGUGAUACCUGACAUGCACGUAUAAGUAGCUUAUUUACUCACACUGGCCGAUAUACAUUUCUCGCGCAAAACAAACUGCUUUAACACAAUUUAUUUACUUACCUAAAUAAUUCCUUGCAUCAAAAUCAGUGUGACGUUUGAAAUACUUUUGAAAACUUAAAUACAACAAUCGCUCACAAGAAAGAAGUGAUUAGGUCACAUCUUACUUAGUUCAAAGUGCUUUUCCUUAUUUUGUGAGCUGAUAAUCGAGGUGAAAUGAUUGAAAAGUCUGUAAUGUCUUGUUAUCGUGAAAUAAUAAUUUUGUCCUCUUUCAUCUCAGACAAUGGGUCGUGAUGAUUUUGCAGAAACAAUUGCAUGCUUCAUGCGUGUGGCAUGGGCUGCAGCUGCUGGCAGAAUAAACCUGGCUGGGGGUAGGCAGAGGUUAUCCAGUCAGAGUUCCGAUGAUGAAGGAAGUAGUAUGGGAGGAGGGGGUAGUGAUUCUGAGUCUGUGAAAUCCUUCAGAUCCAGUGUUUCCAGCGGGAGCCCCUCUGAGGUUACAAACAAGGUUUGUCAGUGAUUUAUUGCUAGUUGCGUGCACCUUGAGUUUUUUAAAAUUACCAUCUAUUUUAUUGGCCCCAUCUAGUACCUGUUAUCUCCUUACAAGGUGCGUUCUUGACUGACUUGAUUUUGUAGAACGGGUUGUAAAUUAAAAUUAAUAAAAUAAAAAAAUAAAACAAUAAGACGAUAAAACAGAACAGCACAAAUGCUUAACUAGGCCCCUAAUUUCAUCGUCAUCUUUAUUAUUACAUACACUUGUGCUGUAAAAUAGCAACAACAAAAAAACCAACACUCAAGGUAAAAGCAAAACACGCUUUGUCUGCUUGACAAUUAAAUUCCAUGUGGUUGUGGGUUUGUACAGUAAAAGAAUAUAGAAGACGUCAAGAUGUGGUUAGAACAUGGCGGCGGCAACAUGGAAUCUGUUUGUGUUAAAAUCAAAUGUUAACGUCUCGCACGUAUCUGUCUUCCAAGAAUUAACCAACUUAUCUUACCGCAACCUUUAUGAAUUGCCUUGAAAUUCCAUUGUUAAUGUAGAAAUUGCCAGUUAAUUUGGCGAUCAACCAUAACCUUGUAUUCAGAGCUUUUUGUGAGUUGCUUUCUUUCCAUUGAUUCCCGCUUAAAAACAGUGACAGACCACCAAAACUAAACCGCCACUAGAAGAAGAUUUUUCAGUUUGUGUCACUUGUCUACAAUAGUAGUGAAUGUAGUCUCGCACAUGAACAUGUUUUUUUUUUUUGCUUUGUAUCCUCAGGAUGUAGUAAUUGUCGGCGAAGCCCUCCAGCUUCUGGUUCUUUGUUUGCAACUUAGAACGCAAUUAAUGGGUAAGACAUAUUUCUGGCAGAAAACAGCACUACCGAACACUUUGUAUUGCUGACAGAAAUUUAAACAACCAACACUCAAGCUAAGCUUUUUUCUUCUAGGAGUGUUUUACUAUCUCCCAAAUGUAAAUGACUUCAUUGUGGAAGUUCUCAUAGGCUCCAUCAAUUCUCAGGUAUACAUUUAUCAUUUAGGUGUUGACACUAACUCUCUACCAAAGAACAAAUUGAUUGUUUAAUAGAUAAACGUUUUAGUUAAAUAACAGUUAUCAUUUCUACACCGUUGUUUUUUAAGGUAAUGCAGGAUGUCAUAGGGAAAUACAUGGCGAAAGGUUGUUUUGACGCUCAAAGAAAAAAAAAUUGGGGGAGAGAUCAACAUUUUUUAGUCGCUGUUUUUUAUCAGAAAUGGAACUUGCAAUGUUUGCCUUCUGUCAAUCCUAGAAAUCUUUGCGCAAACACAAGGAUCCGAUCAUUGGCAACUCAUUCAUUCCUUUUCCGUCUGCCGCUUAGCCACAAAUGUUACCAUACAAUUAUGUUGUCUCUUUAGGUGCGGUCCACGGCACUUGAACAACUUUUAUUUCUGAGUCAAACUCCUGUUGGAGGUAUGUACACAAACACAAUAUUGUCUUUUUAAAUUCGAUAAUACGACAUAAAAAAUAAUAAUAACAAUAAUAAUAAUAAAUGGUAACUACUGUAUAUUAUGUACAUUUAAUAUGUUUCCACCUGGCUCCGGUUGUUCGAAAGAGAGAUAAGCAGUAUAAGCAGUAACAACAGCUACGUUUUAUUUGUGUUAUUCUUGUGCUUUUCAUCAUAUGUCUGAAAUCACGUCUUUGUGGCUUUUUAAGAUAUCAAACUCCAGACACCAAAUCACUUCCUUUUGAGUGUGAUGCUUAAUGCUCCCCUCCCACUAUGGACACCUACAGUUCAUGUCAGAGGAAAAAACUACAGGUACAGUUCUCUUGCUAGUCACCUUUCGGCAAAGAUACAAUUAAUUCAAAUUAAGAUUAUUUAAAACGGGGUAGGGGCAACUUCAACAAGAUGAGAGACAAGGUGAAUCCUUCCUCUGCUAGCAAAUGGGACACUAAUCGGCAGGGUUGAGUGCGUGGAUUAACCCCACCCCUCUACCCAAGGGAAGUCACGUUACUUGAAAAUGGGCAGGGUUUCCGUUGUAUUAAGAUGUUACCUGGAGAAGAAAAACCAGAAUCCUGCUGUACAAAAUAGCAUCCCAGUUAUGAACAGUGUUCGCACUCUUUCCAAAUGAUAGAAUUUCUUGGUGCGCGUCCCCCAGUAGAGAAUAUGGUGCCAAAAUAACGUGAAAACGAUCGUUAAAUGAAGGUAUUUUCCAUUUUUCUUUAACUUUUAGAUUGCAACGUCAUUGCAGUCAAUUCUUUGAUCUCCUCUGUCGACUGUUAGACUACUUGACAGGUGAGGGAUAGACUUUUCAUUUCGUGUUAAUAUUCAGUUCAGUUAAUCAUUACACGUACACCAUUUCAAUUAACGCCUUUUAAGGAAUACUUGAAUCUUCCAAUGGUUAGUAGCUUAUAAAAGUGGCUUAACAGGUAAGACGUGUGCAUUAAGAAUGCAGGGUCAUAGGUUUAAACCCGCUGAUAUCCUGUUGUUGUUGUUGUUGUUUGAGUGGGUGUAUAACGUUCACUUUAUCACCGUAAACAAUUAUCAAUGAAAAGUGAUUUUUUUCGUCUUCCAAGAGGCAGAAUUUGAUGAGAAAGUAGGCCGUAUGUCAGACAUGUAAAAUCCGUACUGUUGAAUCAAAACAAUCCACUUCUGUUUCAGUGACAGAGCAGAGACAGAUGAAAAUUGAUCCAACCAAGAUGAUCGACACUGAAAUACAAUGGCUUCUGAAUUUUGAAUGCGGAACUAAUUUAGGUAUUCUUACAUUUGCUUAAGUCACUCUUGAAAAAUAUAUACUUUGUUGAAACAAGUCUCCGAACAAGUCAUGAAGCUAUAUAAUGGUUUGUAUCUAUUUCCUUUCAAGUUUACCUCGAGAAAUGUGAGGCGUGUUUGCCCGUCAGGGUUUGAGAGUGUUCGCUCUUUGGUUUGUUUGGAAAAUUCGCGCCACUUUCUCAAAACUGAAGCCAGUGGCGACUUGGUCGCCCGCGUUUUUCCGCGUUUCAAACAGUUUUCUUGUUUUUACUGUGCGAUUUCAGUAGAUCGUGGUGUUUUUCCUCUGUCCUGAUUGGCUGGUGUGAUUAUUUCGUUUUUAGUUUGAAAACACUCGAUCGAAGUGCGCUUAGUUGUCAUUUGUCAAUUGAAAGAAGACACUUUAGGGCUGUUGAAACGUGUUUCAAGUUUGCAUAGUAGUCUGUGAUCGUCUUGAGUCUUAACUGAAGGCAAUUCACGUGGACUGCUGGUGUAUUUUGUUAUGUCUGGUCACUCGUGAGGUUUUGAAAGAUAUCCAAAUUCCAAUCGCGACUAAUACGGCUUAAAGGCGAAAAGCUUCAAACCAUCACUAGUGCCCAUCAAUCGAGACAUGCAGAUUACUAUACCAAUAUUAGAGCAAGCAUUGAAAAUGUAGCAUAUUUUGAUGAUUUAAUUUAUAUUUAUUCACAGAAAACAGCUUUCCACUACUAGCUGGACAUUUGAAAUUAAUUAAAACUCUCUUCACUUGUGAAGGGGUGGAUAAAAAGGGUUUGGGUAAGUGAGAGUGCUCAUAACAGAUUAAAACGUCUUCACUACUAUUUCCACAAAUAUAAAUGGCAUUCGGCAACAAUUCACAAUUUUCUUUUCUUUCCUGUAGGAGAGAAGUUGAUAAAAGACCUCUUAGAUGACUUUCUCUUUCCUGCUUCGAAGUUAAUUUUCGAUACGAGGAGUACACCGUCUAAAGAGACUGUCAUUGAUGUCCAUCCCAAGUAAGUUGAGAUCAAUAUUAACUUGGCACAUUGGAGUACACUUCCGGUGCCUUGAAAGGUCUUUGUAGUUGAAAAGAAGGGAAGAGGGAAGAACCCUGCAAUAUCGGUAUUGCAUCGUGGCUAUGAUUUACUUAGAAAAAUUCUGUCAGCUUGAUCCAAGACCAAAACUAUUCUCGACUAAGCCAUUUAGGUUUUCGCGCUUGAUGCAGUGAACUCGAAUGUGAAUUUUUUGAGUUCCAAUUGGCUCUUUGUGAUUUCAACUUGUAGUCUGAUUAGCUACUAUGAUAAACUUUUUUUUCUGGUUUUACAAGCCUUGGUUAAAAUGUGCUCUAAACUUAGCCUUGUAGACAAGUUGUGCCGCAGUGUAAAUACCGACAUGCGGAUCUUAUAAGCAAGGGUUUUGUUGACUAUCGGAGACGUCCAUACUUCUUACCAUAGUAUCUGAGCUUUCCAUCUCUGGAAUAGAGCUUCAGGAUCUUCAGUAUUGAGAGCUUUCGCUCAGAAGUUGACCAUGGAGUUCUCUGUAGCUCUGAGUGGUAGAGCACGAGACAAAUGCAAUUUUUUUCCAAGUUGAUAUUGUAUAUCAGGCAGCUUGCAUUAGAACAUAGCCAGUAAAUUUGUCUAAUUUGUCUAAUCAAAUUCAAUUGCGCGAGCGUGCUUCAUAUUCCUAUUGUGCACGCUCAUGACGUCAGCAAACAAAUCCCUCGCGAAAAAAAAUUUUCCAUCGGGUUGAAAAUAUUAUAAAACAAUUGGUUCAUACGUCAUCUGUGCGUUCAUCGAGAUAUGAAGCACUUGGGAAGUUUGGAGAGCACUCAAGAAGCUAGAGUUGCUCUCGGCUACGCCGCUCUCGAAACUUCCCGCGUGCUUCAUAUCUCGAUGAACGCACGCUGACAUAUGAACCAAUUGUUAAUUGUAACUGCCAAAAAUUGAAUUUAAAAAUAUCUAAUCUUAUCUCAUUGUAGUCCUCUCGGUUCUAUCUUUUUAUUUUGCCAUCAUAUUUGAUAGUUUUUUGUUGUUGUUUCAGAUGUGUGGCCAGAGAGUGUCAAGUAGCUGCGCAUGAGCUGUUGGUGGAACUGGCCACUGGCUGCGCUGAAAAUCUGGUUUACAUUGUGUCACAAUUAAUUAGUAUGCAUCAUAUUGGAGAUCCUGGUACUCUUAAAGAGUGGGAGGUACGUUCAUUAAUAUUUUGUGGUGUUUGUCUAGGCCUGUUAUCUAAAGUCAUUUAUCUCCAGAGGGGCAUUUGCGGAAAAAAAAUUUCCUGAAAAGCCCUUAUGAAUUGAUAAUCCUUAUUUUACGUUUAGUCUUAGGAAUGCAGCUAACAGCAAUACACUUGUACUGUUUUAGUUCCAGCCUCCAGUUGCCCCACGGGCUCAGUGUGGAUUUGUUGGUCUUAAGAAUGCGGGAGCAACAUGCUAUAUGAACUCUGUUCUUCAACAGUUGUACAUGCAACCAGGACUAAGAGAGGUGGGUCGUAAACACUGUUAACGUCACAGAAAACGACAUGUACAUGAAUUUUUUAGUUUGAUUUCUUUGUGAUUAUUGUGAGUCGUUUGUUAGCUUGAGUAAAGUUGUUGGUGACAACACUGUUUCGUCGUGUGUUGAACAGAGUUAAUGCUAUGUUAAACCUCGUAGUUUAUCAAUUAGAAUUUGGUAAUUGUGGUGAUAGAACCACCUAAGGGGCUUUGAACAGCUGAGUAUUUCGGGUGCUUUUGGACAGAACAAGGUGGCAGUUUUUGCGUCGAGUGUUGACAAGACAGUGGCAUACAAUUACUUCCUGGGUAUUCAACGAUAACAUAUGCAAGUUCUAUAGACGGAAUUUCUAUUUCUUUCUCUUACGAUAGGCAAUUUUGUCAUUUGAUGAUUUUCAUCCAGAUAAAGAAAGGUAUGACAUUCUUGUAACUUUACGAAGCUUAAUCGGUGUUUAGUAUGCUCCUGCGGAGUGUAUUAAGCAAAAUAUGUGCAUAUUGUCUUGCCUUAAAACAUGCCUUGUUUUAAACAUAGAUGUCUUUGCAGUUUCUCACACCAACAAUAUCCCCACAGUAUCGUGCAUAAGUGUGAUGAGCUUAAAAUGUUCCAACAUUAGUGUCUUAUAUCAGCGUAUUUUAUAAAUUCCGAUCAUAAAACGCUUUCAGUAUCCCAUUUUCCAAGUUCUCAAGUGCCAGAAUAUAUUUAGAAAUGGCACUUUCUUGUAGUAUGGAAUAUCCCACGAAUCACAGGUACGUCCUCUGUAUACAUUUGAAUUGAAUUUUUUAACCAAGAAAAUGCUUGUUACAGGUGGGAUAUUUUAUUUUAUACAAUGAGAAAAUGCUUUUCAACUAUUUCAUACCAUUGCCAUUAUCAUUCUCUAAUUUGACACAAAAGUUGCGCAAAUUAGUGAAUAAAUUGUAGACACGCGCUUGUUCCGGUAAAUCAAUUUCUCUACCUGAUGUGGUAAUGUUUUUGUAACCUUAAGUAGACUUUCUUGUCUGUUCAUUCUAUGCACUAUUCGCAGCGUCUUUUUCCAAGUUCAAUCGCUAUUUGGCCACUUGAUGGACAGCAAGUUACAGUUCUUUGCCCCUGAGCAAUUUUGGAAAUGUUUCAAGCUAUGGGGCCAACCAGUCAAUGUUCGCGAACAACAGGUGGGUGAAAUGAGUUAUUUAUUUCAGUUGAUAACCAUGGCAAGGAAGUUGUGGAGGUAUUUUAAAUCGUCGGAGAGUGUUUUGUACCCCUACUGUUUAGGCUGAUGAUCUGUGUAUCCAUUGAACCUUGACAGACGAAGUUCUUUUGACCCUAAGAGUGACUAGCAUCUAAUUUCUUCUUCUUACAAUAUCACCCCUGAAUCGCUCAUGAAGGUCACGAAAAUAAAGGAAAUGAUCAUCAGCCAAGAAAGCUCUUAAUUGUUAAACAAACUGUCUUUGUCAGCAACGAAGGGAAUGUCAAAUGGAAAGUUUGAAGAUUUUUCACUCUGAUGUAGGAGUGCAAAGGCUUAAAAAUCAUUCCAACGUUAAAAAUGUGAUAAAGCUAUGCGUACAUCAAGAUGUGAGGCGCCUAAAAAGUCAGGGGAGCAUUCAAGAAGUUAAUAAGAGUUGUUCUCGGCGAGCAACUCUGACGCAUCCUUUGGUGCGCUCUAAUCUUCCCACGUGCUUCGUAUCUCGAUGAAUGCUUACUGGCGUAUGAUUCAAUCGCCAUUGAGCGAAAGUCAACAGUGGCAGCGUUUCUUUUCAUUCGUGGCUAAUGAAUUGUAUGCUCUUUUUUUGUUUUGUGUUGUUUUGUUUUUUUUUUGUUUUGUUUUUUUUUGGCAGGAUGCUUUUGAGUUCUUUAGUAACCUAACGGAUCAGCUCGAUGAAAUCCUUAAGGUAAGUUGUUUUUCGUUUCCUCUUUGAUUGGUAAUAAUUUUUUUUUCCUAAGAAAGUAAGUGAAAAAAUAUCCCUUAUUUUGAAUGAGCAACGAACAAACGAGCUAAAGAAAUCGCCUAGACAAGAACAGAAAUGCUUUAAUUCUGUAAAGAAACCAUCUGAUAUUUAUUUGAAAUGAUUAUAUGGAGACAAAGAUCUUUCUCAAGCUGAAUAAAGAUCUGAAAUCAUGUCUAGUUUGUUUGUUAUUCAGGGAAUAACCUGUAGUGUUUUUUUAUCUUCAGCAAAAAGGACAAGAGCAGUUAUUCAAAAAAACAUUUUGUGGUAUGUUUGCUGACCAGAAAAUCUGUAAAGAAUGUAAUCACAGGUGAGAGAUCAAUCUAUUAUUUUCUCUCCGUGUUGUUAGUCAAUUACUCGGAAAUAAUUUAGAGGUUUGUCAAAUUUUCUGAGAUUACCAUGUGACUCAUAACCGAGAUCUUUCACACAACACUGACCAAUCUGAUUAUCAGAAACGGAAAACAUGAAUCCUGUGCUUGCUAAAGUUCCAAGCACUGAUUGGCACAAUUGAAUUAAAUGAAAUCAGAAGUCGUUUACCAUGAUAUGGCCGAUUAAAUUGUUCAAGCGGAUCCGGUAAUAGUCUUGGCUCUGUAGUGACUUUCAUUCAUUAUAUGUCAAGUGGUAAUCUGGUGGUAAAUGAGUGAGUUUCCUUGGCGACAGGUAUGAAAGAGAAGAAGCUUUCCAUUCUCUGCAAGUGACUGUCAAGAACCACAAAUUGGAAGACUCCCUAGAACAGUUUGUAAAUGGCGAGAUACUUGAAGGGGACAAUGCUUACUUCUGCGAAAAGUGCAAUGAAAGAGUAACUAUGCAUGUAUUAUUUGUAUUGAGUGUAAAACAUGUGGAUGCCUUGCUCGAGUUUUAAUAGAAACUUAACCACAUUUUUACGCGAUUUAUCUUAGUUAUAGGAGUCUAAGUGCGCAAUUUUAAUGGGGACUUAAAAAAAAAAAAGGUUCAUCAGUUUUACUAAUUUGUCUUAGCCUAGUUUUAUUUUAUAAAUUUUUGGUGUACUUUUUUCUUCAAAAGGACUCCCCUAAGAGAUGGAGGUUUGCUCUUAAAAUAUGUGUUUUAUGAUGUAUUAUUUUGUUAUCUGCGUCUGUUUAGUAAUAGAUCACAGAUGACCGCAAGAUAUGCCAAGAAUGAAUCAAUUAGCUGGCAUUUUGGUUUAUCUACAAACACUUUGUGUGCAUUUGUGUAGGUUUUCAUUGUAUUCUCGCAAAUAUUUCCAUUUCAGCGAACUACCGUAAAGCGCAUGUGUAUUAAGAGCCUCCCCCCGGUCCUCGUUAUUCAACUGAAGAGGUUUGGGUACGACUGGGAGGCUGGUAGAGCACUCAAGUUUGACGAUCAUUUUGAGGUAAUGUACACCACGUCAGUAUAUAAUUGCACUAUGGAAUGGGUGUUCCAGCCAGCGUUCGUUUUCUUCGUCCGGGGGGCGCUUGGUGAAGUGGCAGAGCCCCGCAAAAGAGAAAGGAAGCCCCCAGAGGAAAAACCAUUACUUGGAACUUGAUUGGUUUUUCUUUUUAACUCUUUAUCCUCCACGUCACUCUUGGGAGGUAAACAAGAUCAAGGAGCGUUAAGUGGUUCGAUAAGCGUUCUCAGACAGCCAAACAGAGUUAUACAUUUCAGGUGUGCGGGUAAACUCAAAACCCCUUGAAUUUAAGCAGAUUUUUGAAAUUAUUUCUUUCAUAUUUCUCUCGUGGCUCAGCCGUUCGAAACUCCCAUAAAGAAAAAAAACAAAACAACAACAACAACAACAACAUAAAGCAAAACAGCAAUGCAGGGUGCGAGUGCUCAUUGGCUGCAGCCUUUUUCCACAAGAAACACAAGUUAAAAGUAACUUCCAUUUUUUCUACCAGUUUCCUUGGGUUUUGAACAUGGAGCCAUACACAACGGAUGGAGUAUCGAGACGGGAGUCCACAACAAACUUGCAGGCAGAUACAGACAGUGAAAAUGGAAGUAUAACAGAUCUACACAUGUCUGCAUCGUCUUCUUCGCUUCACUCCACCGUAUCUGUAAAUGCACCUGAGAUUCAGUACGAGCUAGUAGGGGUCAUUGUCCAUAGCGGACAAGCAAAUGCCGGACAUUAUUACUCAUUCAUUAAGGACAGAAGGUCUGUAGUGAAACUCUCUUGCUAAUUAUGGCGACCUGAAACAAUGACAACGUUGAUACUUCUCAAUCUUUUAAAGUUAUGGAAAUGAAUUUAUCCUCAUGUUAUUACCUGGAGCUCAAAUGUGAAUAUCUAUUUUUUUACCAUACUUAAAUUCAUAAAAUGAGCAGUCGAUGGCGAUUAGUGUGGCCAAUGAGAUUGCAGCUUUUUUAAUCGACCACUGGUAGAUUUAUACUAAUACUCUUUUGGGGAUCGUACCGGUCAUGGAAUAGCUGAAAAGUCAUCGAAUGUUAUCAUAUCAAUUACCAGUCCUGGAAAAUCACCAAUUUUAAGUGUUGGUCAUGACUAAGAAUAACUGCUUUGUAGACCAAAGUAAAACUCUACCACCAUUGAGCGACUCACAGCACAUUGAGAAACACGCCCCUCGAUCUUUUGCCUCGAUUUCCGUCAUUUUCUCGGAUUCAGUCUUUGAUUCUUCGAGGAACUCAUCUCUCGAACAGCGGCUGGUACUUAUUUAUCGUGGGUCAUGGAAAAAAAGUACGGAAAACAUCAUGGAAUAGUAGGAUUUCGAAAGUAUACGAAUCCCGGUGACAUUUAUUUUUUUGUUCUGUUUUUUUUGUUGUUGUUGUUCAUUUUGCUUUGUUUUCAAAUUUUUUUUCCCAAAAGGAAUGGUGCAAAUGAUAGUGAGAGUAAAGAAAAGUGGUACAAGUUCAAUGACAUCUUUGUUGAGGAAUUUGACAUGAACGAGGACACACUAGAAGCAGAAUGUUUUGGCGGCACAUACAAAGCAACAGUUUAUGAUACUGGUGAGUAACAUUUUUAAAGACACUUAGAGCAACGCAUCGCAAUAUCCUCUUUAACCAGUAGAACAAGCAUCCACGACAGUACGAGCGACCUUGAGAGAAGUUUGGUUCUUUAGUGAGGUCCAUCUUCUAGAAUGUGAAGCAUGGGCCAUUGACAGCGCAUGAGCAGGAAUUGUAAUCUUAGGCUUUGUUUCUGCUACUUUCAAAGAGCCUCUAACCCGACUCAAUGUCUCUACUUGGAAAAAAUUAAGUCCGCUAAAAUAACAGCGGAGCUCGCAAAGCGUGCGAAGCGUGCAGCAGCAAACCACAUGCCUAUAAAGAAUUAGUUAUCUGCGCAGUAAUGAACACUACUUGAGCAGCAGUGAAAAUAAGGCCUACUGCUCAAGAAGUGUUCAUUUCUGCGAAGAUCACUUUCCUUCACGUCGUUAUCCAUAGUUCAAAUAUAUGACUUUCAUAUAUUCACAGUCGUUUAAAGAAAUAGUAGUGACCUAUCAAGCCGAGAAAAUUUGGUUUAUAUACUCUGUAUACAUACACAACGGAAUAAAUUCUAUUAUGCCAAUAUUAUUAUACAGAUAAUUUAGAAUGUACUUGACCUUUCCCAAGAGCUGCCUUCGCUUGUUGCCGUUUUCAAGAAACUUCACCAAUGGCAUUUUUCUGUCUAGAAAUACGGAGUAGAUUUUUUCACUCUAACUUUUCUUCUGCCUUCAGUUAUUUCUCGAAGAAUCGACAGGCUAAUCUGUGACAAGGAGAUUAUUUGUAAGAGGAAACUCAUUUUAAGAUUUUUGUCCUGAAUUUGAGUUUGACUUCUAUCGAAAUACAUGUAUGAAGUCGUCUGAUUUGGUAUUUAAAAUGAGUGUGGUGAACUCUUCAAAAGAGCUAGUAGAAAGACGUUGAAUACAUGGCAGAUGAGGUAUUUGAAUUUUUUGCUAAUUAUGGAGUUACGCCUUUUCCCUGCAGUUAACAGUUAUCCAGAAACUCGACAUCGCUACUGGAAUGGCUACAUGCUUUAUUAUGAGUCUUCAGACAAACUCAAGUCACAGUAUGGUUCUCUUGGCGAUGGUAGUGGACUGGUGCGACAUGAUGUAGGCCUGAGGUAUGAAUGCACUUGCAAUUGGAAAAACACUUCAUGGCACAAAGUACUAAAUCUAACAGUCAGGGGCCCAAUGGAGAGGAAGGGAGGGAUCGGGUAUUUUUCUGAGUAGUGCGGAAUGAAAUUGCGCUGGAGGCGUAGUCCAUUGAUUGUAUUAAAAUCCGUUUUAUUCUCAGUUACAACUGUGCCCCAUCCACACUCUCUUCCUCUCUUUCCCAACUUUAUUACUUCUUCUUAUUUUUUAUACCCAGAUCCUCUCCGCCCUCCCCAUCCUCAUCCUCGAUAUCUUCGAGCUCAGGCCCCCCAUCACCCACCCGGACAGACGGUCUGAGUCAGCUAACAGCGUUACUUCAGAAAGGAGAAAAGAAAGGCAUUUUUAAGGACAAAAUGCCUGCUUCUAUCCAGAGAGUGGUUAGUUCAGAAUUUUUGUUUUCACUAUAAUCAGUUAGAAUUUUGAAGCUCUGUUAUUGCAUGGGAUUGAUAAGAAGUCAGUUUAUCUCACUUAGCGUUAUGUGGUAUUAGCGAAAGAUGUUCAGAAUUUAUUUUCUUGUGUAUUUAGGUUCACACUGAAAAUCUUCAAUUCAUGCAAAAUAGAGAUGUUUAUAACGUGGACUACUUCAGAUUUAUCCUCAACCUAGCAUCUUGCAAUGCGGUAAGUCGUACGCUCAAAGAGAUUUCUUAAAAGGAGCCAGAACGUCUAGCAGAAAUCGGUGAGACGCCCUCAAAUUUCUUAACUUGCCUGAGCGGGUAUAUUCCUCAAAUACUUCCACCCACCCCUUCCCUGGUAACUCUGUUAUUUAGUGUAAGUAUCGUCAUCGAAGUGUUCAUUCUAAUCAUUAUUCCUAAGUAUUUGCAUUCUUUCGGAUAGUUCUUUCGUCUUCGGAAAACGGAUCAUUUUUUUUUUUUUUUUUUGGGGGGUGUAACAGAACCGGGUAGUAACUUAAAUUUGAUAUUGAUUUUACAGAGAAGUUCAUCAUCUGAUAAGCACGCCAUCCUGUCAGUUUGCAGCCUGCAGCUUGCUGUUCAGUUCUUAUUUAACACCUAUUUUAGAACGACGAAGAAACUUAGGUUAGUGAUAACCAAAUAGUUGUCUUAUGAGCACAAUUCUAUUCAUAGUUACUUUUAAUUUCCUUUCAGUUUGGUUCGAUGACAAACAAACUCAAUGCUUAACCAUAGCCAUUAAUUGAACUGAGCUUUCAUCGAAAUGGAAAUUAAAGCACGAUUUUUACAUUGCAAUGCUUAGUAUUUACCAAGGAUCUCUAAUGUUUAGAACCCAAACAGAGGAAUGGUGUUCGUGUAUUGGAGACAUAGUAAAGAACAACAGUGAGGCCUGUGUAUGGUUUAUCAACUUCUUAGCUGGAGAAAGAGGCAAAGGUUACGUGAGGUACGGUUUUCGAGUCAUCUUGCAACAUAUGUUGUGGGUCUAAUAACACCAGCACUAUGAUAUUCAACACUCUAGGCUCUCGAAAUACCUUACUUUGGUUCGUGGCGUUUGCCUCUGUGAGUGGGGUACCUUCUUCUUGAAACAUUUCGCAUUGAUCAGGUAUUGCUUCUUGCCAGUCACACAAACCUUCCACAAGGUUGGCUUUCAUUUCCAUUCAAACGGACAAUUCUUCUCUAGACUGACACCAAAUCACAUGCAUUUCAAAGUAAGGGUUACCUUUCAAUAGUGUAGGGAAAGAAUUACGUAGAAUAAAUUACCACGAUAGGAAUCGAACACGACCUGACAACCUACAGUAUCUUACCACAAAACCAUUGAACCCCUUCUUCUAUUCUCACAACCGUGAAUUUUUUCAGACGAUGUAGAUGUUUGGCUAUUUGGUUGGCUAUCGGUUCUUGCGAAGAUCUUUCACUGCGAAGAUCGCUUUCAUAGUCAUUUGAUUGUUUGUUUGUUUGUGUGUUCUGUCUUUAAUUUCGCUUUCUUUCUACGUUAGACCAUUCCUCCUGGAAUGCCCUUCACAAGAAGUUCGUAAAGCAUUUGCUCAGAUUCUUGGUCUUACGUUUGAAAGCUAUCUACUUCAUGGAGGGAGUGUGGUAAGAGACUUUUAUCGUUCCUAAUAGCACUGGUUUGAAAUAAUCGUCGGUUUAAGAGGAUGAAUUACCUAGGUAUUUAACUUUCUUUUGUUUCGUUUUGUUUUGACUAGUUUGAUGCGUGUAAGUACCUUUUUGUUUUCUUACUUUCUCGCCUUAGUUGCCUUUUCUGCAUGAGUGUUCCGAAAUAGGCGUGCGUUACUGAAACUGCAUAGACUCGAGAAAUUGAAAAAAAAAAUUACCCAUUCCAAAUUUAAAAAGAGCGGGGCGAGCCAAUUGCACUUAAUUUUAAUGUAUAGAUAUAUUAUUUACUGGGUGGAAGGUCUAUAUGGGAAAGAAAAAACUGUGCCGGAGGUCUUGGGUCUUGGGUACGGCUCAAGGCCGCACUCCACACAGGGGCACAAAAGUUUUCUCAUAAGGACCGACCUAGACCGGUAAAAAAACCUUUUUCCGUUUCGUUUUGCCGUAGACUAGCGUUCCAUCCAGCGAGAGUCGUUAUUCUCCGGUAUUGAUUUUGAGCCACCUCACUCGAAAGACCUGCCCACUUAAACUUUGUAACCUUUUCAGGUAUCUGGACAACUCAAUAUUUUGAUUGACACAUUGUUGCAUAUGUGUGAUCGUGAUGUGGUAGACAAUCACAAAUGCUGUUCGGAGUACUUCUGGCUGAUGAAUCGAUACGCCACAAUGGUCAGUAUACUAGCGGACUUUCCUUUUUUUAAUCGCUUUCUUGAUAAGCAGACAAAAGCGCAUUCCUACCUUACCAAACGUUGCACAGUGAAUAUGUAAGUUCUGGGUAUGACCCGAGGAUAAUGAUAUGAUAAGGAGGGUAGUGAUUUUUCUCUCAGGGAAGCGGUUAACUGGAUACGUACUUUUGAUCGUGACCACUAAGUGAACAGAAUUUACUCUUCUCAGUGUGAGCAAUUCCAGCUGUAUGAAAAAGUUUUCUUAUUACGAACGGUAGGUUUGGUACGGGUUAUGGAAUACCCAUAAGAGAUCGUCUAAUUUCAUGUCCGGAAAAUCACUGAAUUUAUCUAAAAGACAAGAAACGCCUUAAUUAAAAUAUCGUUUCCACAUAAUUUUUAAUCUAGUUUCCUCAUCGUCGGUCAUGAAAAAUCUUGAGGAGUAUCCUGGAAGAGAUCUUGGAAAGCCAUUGAACUGAUUUUAUGCUGGAACGCUUUCAAGUUCUGACGCAAGCAGAUUGAAAAAUUACUAUCCUCUCCUCUAAAUCAUUGAACUAUGGUUGUGUGUUUCUCCCAUUUGUGCAGCUUCCCCUGAUGUUUUGAUGAAAUGAUUGCACUAUCGUCCUACGUGACUCUUUUUUCUAACGUUGUUGGCGGGCAGAGAACAACUUUUCGCAACCAAUUAAGUUCAAGCAAUUUUACCCUCGUGGCCAAUUAUAAAAUAGUCAUUUUAAUUGUUUGUCAUAAGCUUAUAAAUGUAAAAGAGUGUUUCCCUAAGAUAAGCGCUGAAUACAUUUUUCCAUUGCACUUAAUGUUAGUCUGUCAAUAUGAACCCUUCUCACCCACAUUGUUUAGUUAUCUUUCACAUUGUUACUUCCCGGUAGAACUCCCUUGUUAUGUUCUUAUAAGUUACAACGUUUGGAGUCAACAGUCAAUAGGACGGAAGAAAAAUCAAAAGAGGGAAGGAAAAAAUACUACUCUCAGUCCUUAUUUCCAUUCUCCUUACAGAAUCGAAAGACUUGUGAACAUCUUAUAGCCCAAGCAGCCUUUUCAAAGUUUCUGCAUUUCUUGGUCGGACCCAAUGCUGAAAAUGUGAGUAUUUUUGUGAGUUAUGUUUGACAUCGUAGUUAGGGGAGACGAUGGCUGUAUGUCGACUGCAGUUUGUGACGCACUAGUAAUCUAAUUGGUUGUAAAUGGUAGUAUAUCACGUGAGCUCACAAUUGGCUUAUUUCGAACGUCAGUGGCUCCGCACCUUAGUUUGUUUGAGGGACAUAGAGGUCACAUGUCUGAGUCCCGUGGACGACUUCUCCAACGUAAUUCAGAUUUGUAUUUUUCACUUCACUGCGAAAGUUACUCGACCAUUUUUAAAUGGUGGAGUGAUCUUCGCAGCGAGAUUAAAAUCUCGUUACCUUAGUUCAGGUACCAUUAUUCUUCUUAUUCACAAUCUUGACUGGUUCUUUUGUCUGGCCGAGGCGAAGUAACGCUCUGUGAUCUUUGUUGUUGUCGCUUGUCUUAAUAUUACCUGUGUAAGACUAAUGAGUACAAAUUUUAUUACUUUUGCCUUCUUUAUAUAUAUAUAUAUUAUAUAUCUUUACUGAUGUAUUUUUACAUUUAUUCGUUUAUUCACGUAUUCAUCUAUUCAAUUGUUUGUUUAUCUUUUUCAUAUACGCAUAAUUACCUUUUUUACCCGUAACUAGGGAUCUAACCGGAGGUGGAGCUCAAUUCAAGCUCAGGAGUUUACUCAUCUGUACAGUGUCCUGGCCACUCUAGUUUGCUCGUGUGAUGUUUCGUCACAACUUACCGUCGGUAAGAGCACACCUCCAUCGUUUAUGCAAGUUUGAAAUAUCGUUGUAGUUUUGCCCCUUGAAUGGAUGGCAGUCUAUCCUUUUAAACGAAACAAAUCUUAUGAUGACCUGUUUUGAUUAUAAGAACCCAGGUCUUUGCGGCCCAUGUUCCUUGAAACUGUUCGUGCUGAAUCGCUUAUUCCCAUGCCUCCUCAAAUGGAAGAUGCCAUCUUCGGGAUGAACAGCAACAUUUACAUCAAAGAGGUUAGUAACGAAAAAAAAGUGAUGCACAAACAACAGAAGUGUUUUGUUUCUUUGUAUUUGGUCAGAUUCAAUUAGUUUCUUUUUCUUUUAAUAAAUGAUAUUACUGUAUUUCUUAUUUAAUGUGAAGAUAACCAGUUUCUAUGCAUUGCAAAAGAGCAACUACUCUUUCUAUUUUAACUGUCUGUUGUAUUCGAUAGUAUGGAAAGGUUCGUUCUAUUGGUAGUCAUAGUUUUCCACUUCUUUUUCUUUUACCUUCCCUUCUUUCCUUUUUUUCCUGAUAUUUUCUUUUGAAUUCAUAUUAAGUAAUUAUUAUUUUAUUUUAUAAUUUCUUCACUAUUUGUAGAGAAACUGGUGAGGUUUUCGCACAUGAGCGCAUAACUGGGAUAAGCUUACUAAGUAACCCCCCCUUUUUUUUUUUUUACCUUCCUUUAGCAAAAGCCCCUGUUUGCAAUUUGUAACUGGCCCUGUUUUAAGAUGUCAUACUUUUCAUCAUACCGGUAGUAGUAUUGUGAGCUGCUGGUUGUUUCAUUUAUGUAUCAGGUGUCUACAGCCAUUUGUGACGUCAUGGGCACAUCACAACAGAUUAUCAAUAUGUUCAUUCACUGCAGUUGGUGCAACGAACAAUUUAGUAUCAAAGUAUUGCAGCAUAUCAGGGUACGUCCAUGGUAUUGUCUCUCUGCUUUGUUUUAUUUGCAUGCAUCAAUUUUUUCUUGUUGUCCAUGCCCGUUGUACUAAUUUUCGAAAUUUACUCACAUUAACGAACGUACGGACGGACAGACAUACAGAGUCACUGACUAACCAACGGACCGACUGACUGACUAACUGUUUGAUUGAUUGAUCAAUUGUGCGAUUGACCUAGUCUUACACAACAACUUGCAAAAGUCAAAUUAAUUUAACAAUUUGGCCGAGGAUCCAUGUCGAGCAGACAUCCUGUAUUGCUGUAUUAACACCUUGUGUUACUAUAUCGACGCGAAACGGCAAGAUCCGAAAGGUUGCUUAGGACUUAAUCUACUCUUGUGGGUUCAACAAUUUAACAUUGUGUUACAGUUUUUUAAAUAUAUCCAGACUUGACAUACUGAUUAAGGGGACACUAAUUUGAGCCCUACCCUUGUCCGCUGAACGCUGGUUUCAUUGUUGAACCAAAUGGAGGGAAAGGCAGUUCGGAAAAGAACUGAAUGAAUACUAUAUUUUUGCAAAGCACACUGAUAUGCGUUUAUUUCACAGGCCCUCCUUGCUACUGUUUCCGCCAAUGACAUGAGGAAUUUGUUUGGUGCCUUACUUGAUUUACUGGUAAACAAGACUCUGAUGUUGUGUAGAAUGCACAGUCCCUUGUAGCACCUCAUUAGAAAUUCAGACUCAGAAGCUAAGUAGAAUGGCACAGCAGAAAACAACUCAAAACACAAAACAUGUUACAUUAACGUUGGAAAGUAGGCGAUUGAUUAUUUUCAUUUGCUCUCCUGACUUAGCCAUAAGUUCUGACACGGGUACGUUAGAAUACUGACGAUGGUCUCCGUACGUGAGUUUGAUCUUAAGUAACUUGUAUGACCAUUAAAGCAAGAGCCUUGAGCAAUUAGCGGUCAAUCAAUGUAUGAAUGAUGCAGAAAUUCGGUAAUGGUGUAUAUUUACCUGAAACUUACGCUAUUCUUUUCUUGUAAGUUUUCUAAGUCGCGUUACUUUCAACAGAUGGUCGAGGAUCCUUUACAGUUGUUGCGAAUAAAAUGUGUGGCCGAUGAACAAGGAGAUGGCGUCUUAGGUGAGUUUUUUAGCGAAAACUUUCCGUUGGAUGGUGGAGAAGUUUGUUAAAUUAUGUGCUCUGCUUCCUUCAAUUUUCGUCUUUAUCACGAGAGGCUUGGUGACCUAGUACAUAGUGCCUUACCCCCACCCGGAGAAAAUAAAGAGGCGGCGGCAAACUUUCAGCGAAACUUGAGAAAAUGGCGGGGUAGGGGUACGAUGGACUAGCAUCCCAUAUGCUUAGCAGUGAUAACUUCUCACCAUAAGGGAGCAGUAGGCUCCUACACUUCACCUGUAACGUUUUUCAGCCAUUGUCUUUAAAACAAUGCUAUUGAUUGUACGUUUGAGGUUAGUAGUAUGGCUACGCCCAUUUUCGGGUGACCAUUUAUGGUAACGAAGAACAACUAUAGCCGACGAUCUUUCUGUUUUACGUUUGGUCCUAAGGAUGAGCUAUGCGUAUUUGUUUUCCAGCGGUUAUCAAGACAAGUAACACGACUGACAGUCGCCGGGCAUACCAGUGCAUUAAAUUCCUGGUUCAGUUGGCAAAUAAAUGUCCGCAAGCUAAAGAUUACUUACUUCAAAAUUCGUCACGCUGGCAGUGGGCCGUGCAAUGGCUCAAACGAAAAAUGAACGAGCAUUACUGGGCCCCACACACCACGACCUCCAAUGAGUACUCGUCCAGCCGAACAUUCCAACGAACUUCGAGCGCUGCCGACACACUCGCCGAAGCUACAGCUUUGCUUACCGAACUCGAAGCGAAGGACGGCGAAGCUAAUACGUCUGAGGAGUUGGACGACACAACGACAAGCGAAGACUGGGAAAAGGAAAUGACAAGUUGAGUAGAGCUAGAAAAUAUCACAGUAAAGGAGAACGGAGGUCUUGGCAGACGAUACAGUACAAGUUAAUAGCAAAGAACAGUAAAACCAGAGGAUUUGUUGCAAGUACUUAUCUUCAGAUUCGGUACUCAGAAUUUACCUCUUCGUUCCCAUUUUCCUUCCUCUUAAUUUCUCAAGAGAGAAGUCCUAUGUGUUAUGGAUAGUGAUAAAGACCACGUUUUCGCAGGCCUGAAAAGAGACAGUGAAAGGAAAUGACUCUGUUAUUUUCUUGAAACGUGGUGUUGAUUUGCUGCAGAUGCUUCCCAUGAGGCGAAACAUUUUAUCUCAUUGGCGACCGAGACUUCCUUUCUACUUUUUGACUGAACGCGAUCGCACACGCACACAUAUCUAUCGUAGACUAGCGAGCUCAGGCCCCAAUCUUUCUUUCAUACCAUUAUAUCAGAGCAUUUUCCAAUGUUGAGGACACUGUUGUCCCAGGUGGCCGUUGUGCGACGUAAAUUGUCCUCACGUCUUUCGUUACAUUGGUCGCACUAAAGUAAACAAUUCCUCGUGAGAGUGAUUUUAUCGCGCCUACUGAACGAAAUCCAGCAACACGCGCUAAAUAGUCGAAUUUAGACGGAAAAAAAUGAUAGAAUUAGGGCCCAGUGGUUUCUGAUUGAGAGUUAACAUUUCAUAAGUAUAAUAAAUUGUCCUUAAAUUGCCGCCUCCCCGAAAGUUUUGUUAUUUAACGCCUUGCGUUAGUACUGUUCCUUGGUGGUGGAAUUGCCGCCGUUCAUGACUGCUAGCCUUUCGUCCACUCUGCGGUAAUCUAGAACCAAUUAGAAGUCCCUACAUUUUUCACACUAGCAAUGCUAUUUCAAAAGGAUAGUCUGAAAAUGCAUUGGAGUUGUAUUCCUGAAC